AUGGCAGACCCGCCAGAACGAGGCACUCGUCGAAACGCGAAUGGACCGGUUUGGUCUCUUCAAGGUGGCUUGCUCGGUUGGGGGGCUGCCGCAGCUGCAUGCGUUCACUCUCUCAUGACCACGAGGUCUCUCGCUGAAUGGAGUCAAGGUGUCGAGUCUCUGCUGCUUGCCUGGCUUCUCCUGACCUUCUCCAGCUACCUCGUCAUGGAAGGCUCAAUGCGGCUUUUCAUCGGCAAGCUCCGAGUCUUCGAACGCAACCGAGCGAAAGAAAAAAUUGCUGAAAAGACAGUGCAAGCUGUGAUGCUCGUGGUGGCAAUCGCGUACGACGUCCGAGAGGCCCUCUACUGGCUUAUCUGGCUGACACCUCCAGUGUUUCUUGCGGCGUCGCUUCGGGUGAUCAAAGACCGACUGAACAAUCCCGUUCCGACAGACGCGCGCUCCGGCAGUCCAACAUGCUCUUUCUUUCUCUACUCGAUGGCGAUUCUCUGGGUUACGUUUUCCUGGCUCUUUCUGGGCGCAAGUGUAGUCUUUCACGACGUCCACGCGAAAACCAAGCUCGUCCUUCUUUACGAUGCGGUGGCACUCUCCCUUGCGUGCAUCACGGUGCAGCUUUCUCUCCUCGUCAGUCCUUCUCACCACUUGUACUGGUCCGCCGUCAUGGUGAGCACGCAGUUCAUGCGCAUCACCACUGGAGUCCUCCUGAUUCUUCAGCAGUUUUUCGUGUGGCAGCAGGGAGCAAGCGGCCUUCUGCACGUUGCAGAUCUUCUUCUCUUCAUGCGCAUGAAGAAUGCGUUCGGCCUCAUUCACCAAGCUAGUCAGGCUUUGCGGAAUCACCUCCUCGUUUGUCGAACUUUGGGAAGCGUCUUGCCAGAUGCAGGGAGCGACGAAGCUGGAGAUGGCGAAACGGAUUCGGAUCGAUUCUUCUGUGUCAUUUGUCGAGAGAGUCGCCGAAGAGGCGAAGGCUUCAAACGCCUCCCCUGCAGCCACAGCUUCCAUUUCGCCUGUCUCCAGCAGUGGCUCACGGCCAGUUCAAACAUCAUCUGCCCCGUCUGCCGAGCCCCAGCUCUUCCUUCCCGAACUUCUGCCUCAACAGCUCGGACGGAAGGUGGACAGACAGGCAUCCAAAACCGCACACAAGCCGCCGAAGAAUCAACUUCUUCUUCAUCCGCUUCUUCUUCCUCUUCUUCCUCCUCUUCUUCCUCUUCUUCCUCCUCUUCUUCCUCUUCUUCUUCCUCUUCUUCCUCCUCUUCUUCCUCUUCUCCCUCCUCUUCUUCCUCUUCUUCCUCCUCUUCUUCGUCUUCUUCCUCCUCUUCUUCGUCUUCGUCUUCCUCUUCUUCUCCACGACACACGUUUGUAGCUGCAAGUAGUUCAAGCGCUCACCCAGGCGAAGGCCGUUCUUGUUUGCCAGCUGUCUCCAAUAGUUUCGCUUCUGAUGUGGGGACGCUUCAGUCGGCUGUCGGCGUCUCUCUUUCCUCUGCUGACGGCGCCUCCGCAGCUUCGUCUCCUGCACUCGAUUCUUCUUCUGAGUCUCCCAUCUCAUCGGUCUCGACUCCCCAGUCGUCCGCGGCUUCUCACAGCUGCGUCUCCGUUUCUACAGGCUCUGCCUCCUCGUCCUCUUCCGCGUUGCUCUCUGGAACUCAUGAGUCUCCUCUUCUUGCCACCCUCACUGUGCCAAGGUCACCUCUUGCGCAAUCCGUCGAGCGGGUGCCGUCUUUUUCCUCUUCCUCUUCUCCUUCUGCCUCCUCAUCUUCUUCUUCCUCUUCUCCUUCUCCCUCUUCUUCUCCUUCUUGCUCUUCUUCUCCCUCUUCUUCUCCUUCCUCUUCUUCCUCUUCCUCUUCUUCUUCCUCUUCUUCUCCCUCUUCUUCUCCUUCCUCUUCUUCUUCUCCCUCUUCUUCUCCUUCCUCUUCUUCCUCUUCCUCUUCUUCUCCCUCUUCUUCCUCUUCCUCUUCUUCUCCUUCUUCCUCUUCUUCCUCCUCAUCUUCCUCUUCUUCCUCUUUUUCCUUUUCGUCUUCUGUGCCCUCGACUUUGUCUGGAGCUGCUGCUGCAGCUUCUGUGAUCGCUGCUGCAGCUGCAGAGGCGGCUUCGGGGCGAGCUCGACGAGAUGAGGGCGCUACGGAGCUCGUCGAAGAUUCGGACGACGACGACUUCGAUGAGCCAUACACACCGCUCGUCGUCAUCUUGGCCCUGCCGUCGACAGAUCCGCAAACAGUCUCUGCAGCGGCUGACCUCUUCAACUCCUUUUCGCCUCUCCCUGCCUCCGUGAUUCAGUCCGCUAUGGCGCCGUACUUGCGCCAGGCAGCCGCCCGAGCUGGGUCUCCCGGCGCCGGAGACGCUGGUUCCUUCGUUAUCUCCGCUGCGCGGGAGGAGUCGGAGACAGGCAUCGCCUCGGCGCGCGAAGGCCUUCCUGCGCAGGCUCCCCCGGACGCUCCUGCGCCCUCAGCCGGAGGCGCAUGUCGCGAUUCUUCGGCUACCUCACUGACCGAGGGAGACAGACGGGGAGAUCGAGAAGAGACGGAGGAACGGAGAGAGGCGCCGGUGUCCCCUCCCGCGUCUGCUCCGCCGCGAACCGACGAAGAGAUCGCUGCAGCGGUCGCGGUUGAAAUGUUGGCUGAAGAAUCUGUGGCGCUCGCGUCAGAGCCUUCCAUCGCAGCUGCGACUCUCUGGGGCAUGACUCAGGCUGCCGCCCUCAACCUCUCUCCCAUCGCCGCCUUCCACCUCGAAAUUCCAGACUUCUUACUCACUGUUGGAGGGCACCAAGUCCCAGGGUUCAUUGGUCGACUCAUCGAACGCGGUCUCCGCUGUGUCAUCGACAUGAUGGGCAUUCGAGCAAUCCCUUUGCCUCCAAUUCCGCGUAUUGCGGCAGUGCCCAUCCUUGCCACUGACGCUCCACAUGAUGCCUCCGCAGUUCCACCGCCUUCGUCUGAACAAGCGUCUGUUUCUAGCUCUUCUUCGCCCUCUGCCAGUUCGUUCCUCUCCACUCUUUCCUCGCCUUCGGCGUCGCUAACUUCCUCUUCUUCAUCCUCUGCUCUUUCCUCUUCCUCGUAUUCCUCCUCUUCCCUUGCUUCUGCGCCUUUGUCGGAUCUUAUCUGUUCGUCGGUUCCAUGUGCCUCCUCGACCUCUUGUCGAGACCAGUGUAGAGAACUGCAGGCGGCGGAAAGGCUUCUUUUGUCUCCUGGAGAAAGAGAAGAAUCGGUCGAGCGAGCAGGCGAGGUGGACGGGGCGGCCGAGAAGCAUGCAGUUUCAGAGUGUGCGUCGUCCGAGGGGGAUGCCACUGCUAAAAAAAGUGAAGGCGGCCGAGGCGAGAAGGAUCGCGACUGCGACAUUUCUUCGACGCCACAGACGAGACUGCACGACGAGAAAGUCAAGUCAAACAGUCGCGAAGAGUUAGAGGGCUACCAGAAAACGACGGCCGACCCGGGUGUUUCUCCCGAGAAACCGGAAGAAAUACGGUUUCCGGAAGAGACAAAGUCCAACUUUUCUUUACAGUUUUCGGUCUCGGCUCCGGCAGAGGAAGAAGAAGGGAGACAGCGGCAAGAGGAGAAGAAAGGGGUGGUUUCUUUGUCCUCUUAGAGGACACACUGGCAGCUAGUCCCGAUCUCCAUUUGACUCUGUUCCGGUUGUUUUCAGAGAAACUGAGAUGUAAUCUUUAAGAAAGGAGUGAAACUGACGUUUGGUCGGGAAAUCUCUGGACCAUGUUCGGGGAGCACUUCUCGAGAACGAUUCAAAAGGCGAGAGCUGCUGAAUUUGCGUGGCGUUGCUGAAAAUCGGCAACAGUGGAAUCUCAGAAUGCAUGCAGGGGAGCAGUGUUGACACACGCCUGGAAGGAAGGAACGAAGAGGAACGUUUACCAAAGUAUACGUGAUGUAAUUCAACUACGUAAAAGAACUGCAAAUUCUUGCGUUCUCUGUUCGGAUUUGAGUGUAUCCCUUCCUAUAAGUAAACGUUUAAAGG